AUGGCAAAAACGCAAAUAUGGCAUAAACGCAAAUAUGGCAUAAACGCAAAUUUGGCAAAAACGCAAAUAUGGGAAAAACGCAAAUAUGGGAAAACGCAAAUAUGGGAAAAACGCAAAUAUGGGAAAAACGCAAAUAUGGGAAAAAUGCCAAUAUGGGAAAACGCAAAUAUGGGAAAAACGCAAAUAUGGCAAAAGCGCAAAUAUGGGAAAAACGAAAAUAUCGGAAAAAGGCAAUUAUCGAAAAACGCAAAUAUCGAAAAAACGCAAAUAUCGGAAAAACGCAAAUAUCGGAAAAACGCAAAUAUCGAAAAACGCAAAUAUGGAAAAAAAGCAAAUAUGGGAAAAACGCAAAUAUGGGAAAAACGCAAAUAUGGGAAAAACGCAAAUAUGGGAAAACGCAAAUAUGGCAAAAACGCAAAUAUGGGAAAAACGCAAAUAUGGGAUAAACGCAAAUAUGGGAAAAACGCAAAUAUGGGAAAAACGCAAAUAUGGGAAAAACGCAAAUAA